UUACCGCGGUUAAAGCAAAGCUAAUUAAGCUCUCUAGCUUCUUCUUCUCUAUUGAAUUUUCAAAGGCCUAACAUUCAAAAUCUCUCAUUCAUAGCUAUACAACUUAUACACACGCCUAUACAUACAAAUAUAUGAAGCAGCUUCAAUGAUGAUGAUGAUGUUCAAAAAUCCGCAGAAACUAGUGGUGCAGAUAACGAGAAAGGUUAUGGAUCUCGAAUGGCGUCUCCUCCUCCUCCUUCUCCUGCCUCUCUCUCUCAUCGUCUUCGUCUCUCUCUCGACGACAUCAUCUCUCUCGUCUCUCUCGAUAUUCGGCGGCAACUCAACUCGCGAAAACGACGCUGCCUCGUCGCCAAGACAUCCGUACGUUAACUUCGUGGAGUCGCUGAAGAACAGGAGAGACGAGAAGCGCAAGGCCGAGUUGGACCGGUCGAGAAUCGCGGUGUGCUUGGUUGGGGGAGCGCGGCGGUUCGAGCUGACCGGAGAGUCGAUUGUGGAGAAGAUACUGAAGGUUUAUCCGAGCUCUGAUCUCUUUUUGCACAGUCCGUUGGAUCAGAAUUCGUAUAAGCUGUCGAUUUUGAAAGACGCGCCGAGAAUCGCCGCGGUGAAGAUUUUUAAACAGGAGCGUGUUCCAGAGACUGAGUCACAGGUCCGAGUUUUAACCGCGGACAACUCACCAAACGGUAUACAGGGGCUGCUGCAGUACUUUAAUCUGGUAGAAGGAUGCAUCACUCUGAUCAGAUCAUAUCAGGCCCAAAAGAAUUUUACCUACGACUGGAUAGUCCGAACCAGAGUCGACGGCUACUGGUCUUCCCCGUUAAGCCCUGAUAAUUUCCUAAAGGGUCAGUAUGUGGUUCCACCAGGCUCAUCUUAUGGUGGCCUUAAUGACCGUUUUGGCGCUGGCGAUUUCGACUCAUCGGUUGUGGCUCUGUCUCGCCUCUCUUUAAUCCCUGAACUCAAUUCCUCUGGCUUUUAUCAACUCAACUCAGAACGAGCCUUCAAGGCCCAGCUUACUGUCAGAAAAAUUCCCUACACAUUUAAACGCCUACCCUUCUGCAUUGUUACUGACCGCCGCUAUGAUUAUCCUCCAGCUCGUUUUGGAGUCCCAGUGGCAGCAUUGUCCAGCCAUGGACCGCUCAGCGGCGCGAAGUGCAGGCCAUGCACAGUUGUUAGUUCUGGGCCGGAUGUGGGCAAUGUGAUGAGUAAACUUGACAGGGGUUGGAGCUGGACAGAGUGGGCUAAUGGAACAAUGGAUCUCUGUGAUGCUAGUGGGGAGUGGGAAACCGGGUGGCAGAGACUAUUUGAUAGGACUGCUGGAAAGAAGUUGGCGGCGGUGAGGAAGAGAGCGGAGGUCUUGAAAGUGAAGGAAUGUGUAGCUAACUUUGAGGAUAUGAGGCGGAGGUCGGCCAUCUGGGAAGCUCCACCACCGUUAAAUAUUUGCGAGUUAGGACUGAGUACAAAGUCAUAAUAUACAACUAUAAAAUACAGUUGCUUUGGUGACUAAACACACAUCGAUUUAGGUUAGCUGAUUAAGGGCUGUGGAUAGGGAAGAAGGUAUAUUUCAGAACGAGGCAAAAUUAAAUAUAGCAGUAAAAUAUAUGAAUUUUACUUGUGGGAUAUAGAGAAGUGACGUUGUGCAUGUCACAAAAUAAAUUUUGAGAUGCAGGGGUGAGCAAUUACUCCCAGAAACAAA